GAGACGCGGCUGAAUUUUAACCUUGACGCACAAGAGACGCUCACAGUAACACUCGAAAACAAAAAGUAACAAUCUCCUGUGACUUUAAAGGAAUUAACAGAGCGGGAAGGAUUUUAUUUUUAACAACUGAUUCAAUCGUCGUCAUGACCAGAAGGGAAAAUAUGCAGUUUUUAACACUUUUACGUCUUUUUGUCUUUACCAUCGUGGCUGUCACGUCAAUGAGCUGUGCGUCUAUAGAGCGGUUCGAGAGCCAGAGGCCUGCACAGACAGCUGAGAUUGAUCUUUUGGAGGCAAUGAAUGAGAAGAGAACUACUUCGGACGACAAGCAAGUGGAAUACGAGGAGGAAAGCGAGGAGUAUUACUAUGACGAUGAUGAGGAUGAUGAGUUUUCGGGGGAUUAUGGGCUGCCGUUGGUUGCGUUUUCAAGCAAACCCAAAGACCCGAGUGCAGUUUUGAAUGCAGAGAAAACUGAAGAUUUAAAGAGGAAGAGGCUCGGAAGGAAGAAAGGAAAAGGAAAGGGAAAAGGCAAGAAAAGGAACCCUUGUCUAAUAAAGUACAAGGACUUUUGUAUCCAUGGAACCUGCCAGUACCUGAGGGACUUGAAGGGGCCCUCAUGCAUAUGUGACUCUGGCUACUCAGGAGAGCGCUGUCACCUUUUCUACCUGGAAGUAAAGACGAGUGGUGAGGCGUACGACCGCACUACGGCCCUCGCUGUGGUGGCUGUGGUUCUCUCUUCGUUAUGUCUCACCAUCAUUGGACUUCUCCUGGCACUCAGGUUUCACAAGCAAGGCGCAUACAAUGUGGAAAAUGAGGAGAAGGUGAAACUGGGAGCCGCCCCACACCACUAAGCGAGACGGGAGAGGACGGGCAACCGUGUGGAAAUUCUACCUCAAAAUGAAGUGGCAAAGUCGAAUGUUGUGGAGAGCACAGCGUCUUGGAGAAGAGGGAAUAGUUACCGCGUUUUUUGGCAGGACUCGUGAACUGCCUGACUCGCAAAUGACUCGCUAAAAGGUUCGCAGGAGAGCUCAAAUCCUGCCACCAACUGGAACUAUGACGGACGGACUCGGUUGGGAAGAACCUGAGCCGUUCGAUACAGAAUAAGAAGGAACUCUUCGGGGUUGGGAAUGUAGUUUGUGUUUUAGGGGCUUGGCUUUUUCUAGUACUGAAGAAGCUUUGCCUGAAAUGAGUAUUCUUACAAAUAAGCAUUUUUGUUUGUCUCGUGCACUGUGUAUUUAAUCGUUGCUGGCUAUGCUUUAAUUUAUUUAUUUAUGUAUAUAUAUAUAUCUAUUAAUAUUUAUUUGGAUGUAGACCAACCUUGUCCAGCCAUAAUGCACUGGCAACGUAUUUGAAAGUCUUUGUGUUUGUUUGUAUGACUAUGUAAAAUUUUAUUUAUUAAAAAGAGCAAUAGUAAUCCGUGUCUAUUCGGUAUGUGGUAGACUCAAUCAAAAUAAUUAUUGUAUAUAUACUAAAAUAAUUAAGUAUAUAUAUUACAUGCUAUUUGAUGUUUUGCAAAAAUAUUUUGGAAUUAUUAUUUGUAUUGAAAGUAUUUUACAGCAAACUAUGAAAAAAAAAUUCAUAUUUCAAGCUUACUUUUUAAGGAGAGAAAAAACUAAACUUUUUUUGGCCAGUAAAAUGCACUGUUAUUGAACAGUGAGCAAAUUAUAAAAUGUGAAUUAUUUUGUUUGAGCGGUUCAUUUUCUGUUAUUUAAUUUCAACAUCCUGAUCUAUGAGACAGAAAUUGUUUCCUCACUCUCACGUUUUAAGUAUGGAGUAUUUAAAAAAAAAAA